CUCGGGCCCGCCCGCUCUCUUGGCUGCAAGGCUUGGCCGCGGUCGGGUGGGGCCCGGUGGCGGCGGCGGCCAGUGGUGGAGACUGCGGGCUGCCGACGCGGGAGAGCAGCGACCAUGUCGGACAGCGGGGCCAGCCGCCUGCGGCGGCAGCUGGAGUCGGGGGGCUUCGAGGCGCGGCUGUACGUGAAGCAGCUGUCGCAGCAGUCGGACGGCGACCGCGACCUGCAGGAGCACAGGCAGCGGGUCCAGGCGCUGGCGGAGGAGACGGCGCAGAACCUGAAGCGCAACGUCUAUCAGAACUACCGGCAGUUCAUCGAGACSGCGCGCGAGAUCUCCUAUCUGGAGAGCGAGAUGUAUCAGCUCAGCCACCUGCUGACGGAGCAAAAGAGCAGCCUGGAGAGCAUCCCUCUCGCGCUGCUGCCCGCCGCCGCCGCGGGCACCGCCGCCGCGGCCGAGGACACGGCGGGCGCGGGGGCCCGGGACCGCCGGCGCGGCCCGGCCGGCUUCCUGCCGGGGCCCGCGGGCGCCUCACGCGAGGGCGCGGGCGAGGAGGGCAAGCAGCGCACGCUCACUACGCUGCUGGAGAAGGUGGAGGGCUGCAGGCACCUGCUGGAGGCGGGGCAGUACCUGGUGUACAACGGGGACCUGGUGGAGUACGAGGCGGACCACAUGGCACAGCUGCAGCGCGUGCACGGCUUCCUUAUGAACGACUGUCUGCUCGUGGCCACCUGGCUGCCGCAGCGGCGCGGCAUGUACCGCUACAACGCGCUGUAUCCGCUGGACGGUCUGGCUGUGGUCAACGUGAAGGACAACCCGCCCAUGAAGGACAUGUUCAAGCUACUUAUGUUCCCCGAGAGCCGCAUAUUUCAGGCGGAAAACGCCAAGAUCAAGCGCGAAUGGCUGGAAGUGUUGGAGGAGACCAAAAGGGCCCUAGGUGAGAAGAGACGGCGGGAACAGGAGGCCGCCGCUGCCCCUCGAGGGCCACCGCAGGCAACCCCCAAGGCUGGCAACCCGUUCGAGGAGGACGAUGAGGAAGAACCAGCGCUUCCUGAGGUGGAGGAGGAGAAGGUGGACCUCUCAAUGGAGUGGAUCCAGGAGUUGCCGGAAGACCUGGAUGUCUGUAUUGCCCAGAGGGACUUCGAGGGCGCAGUGGACCUGCUGGACAAAUUGAACCACUAUCUGGAAGAUAAGCCCAGCCCACCUCCUGUGAAAGAACUCAGGGCCAAGGUGGACGAACGGGUUCGACAGUUAACUGAGGUGCUGGUAUUUGAGCUUUCCCCAGAUCGGUCACUGAGAGGUGGUCCCAAGGCCACUCGCAGGGCAGUUUCUCAGCUGAUCCGCCUUGGCCAGUGCACCAAAGCCUGUGAGCUGUUUCUGAGGAACAGGGCAGCAGCGGUGCACACUGCCAUACGCCAGCUUCGCAUUGAAGGAGCCACUCUGCUCUACAUUCACAAGCUGUGCCAUGUCUUCUUUACCAGCCUUCUUGAGACAGCGAAGGAGUUCGAGACAGACUUUGCAGGCACUGAUAGUGGCUGCUACUCUGCCUUUGUGGUCUGGGCAAGGUCAGCCAUGGGCAUGUUCGUGGAUGCUUUCAGCAAGCAGGUGUUUGACAGCAAGGAGAGCCUCUCCACAGCUGCAGAGUGUGUGAAGGUGGCCAAGGAGCACUGCCAGCAGCUCGGGGACAUCGGACUGGACCUCACCUUCAUCAUCCAUGCCCUGCUGGUGAGAGACAUCCAGGGGGCCUUACACAGCUACAAGGAGAUCAUCAUCGAAGCCACCAAGCACCGAAACUCUGAGGAGAUGUGGAGGAGGAUGAACCUGAUGACCCCUGAGGCUCUGGGGAAGCUCAAGGAGGAGAUGAGAAGCUGUGGGGUCAGUAAUUUCGAGCAGUACACCGGCGACGACUGCUGGGUGAACCUGAGCUACACAGUGGUGGCCUUCACCAAGCAGACCAUGGGGUUCCUAGAGGAGGCGCUGAAGCUGUACUUCCCAGAACUGCACAUGGUCCUCCUGGAGAGCCUGGUGGAAGUCAUCCUGGUUGCCGUGCAGCAUGUGGAUUACAGUCUGCGGUGUGAGCAGGAUCCAGAGAAGAAGGCAUUUAUCAGACAGAAUGCGUCCUUUCUGUACGAAACAGUCCUCCCUGUGGUGGAGAAGAGGUUUGAAGAAGGUGUGGGGAAACCUGCUAAGCAGCUCCAAGACCUGAGGAGCACAUCCAGACUCAUCCGGGUGAACCCCGAGAGCACAACUUCCGUGGUCUGAGGAUUCUGUUUUGUGAUACUUAAAUGUGGCUUGUGUGUCAUUUAUAUUUAUGUUAAGUUACAUUAUCGUAUUCCUUAUGGUCUCAGUGUAAAAAUGAAGGUACCUCUUAGGCUAAAUCAAAAGAAGAAAGAACAUAUGCUAAUUGAAGCACAAAUGAGAAAAAGACUAGAAAAACAUAUACCAUGCUUUCCUUUUAAAUUAUGGUAAUUCCUUAAUGAAUGUAUUCAUUAGCUAACAGCUUUCGAUCCCCUGGAUCAGCUGAUGAAUGUAUGGUUGCUGUAGUACUUCAGCUUGUCUUUUGAAUUAAAACACUCUGUACAUUAUGCAGCAUGGAGAAACAAGAUCUGUAAAGACAGAGUUCAAGGAUGUUGGGAAGUAUUCCAGUUCACCAGAAUAUUAGGUUUUUUAAAGGGUACAGUGCCAUAUAAAACACCCUGCCUCAUGCACUUCUCCUUUUUAAACUGUAAUGAACAAUUUUGGGGAAAGAAAGGAGUCGGGAAGUUAGUUUUAGAGAAAAUUUUAGUCACAAGACUUCUUUCUUGGAACUAGCUCAUGUGUGGGUGUCAGACACUUCCAUCCUUACAGGGUACCAGAAGCAGAUUCAUAAAAAACAUUUGGACACUCCCAAGUUUGUAAUUUGAAAGCUGAUUAAUUUGAGUUGCUGACUAGCAGCUUUAUAAUAUUUUGUUGGGGAGCAUUUACUUGGAAAUCUAAAAGACCAUGUUAAAAAAUUUUUUUCAACACAUUUUGGAUUGUGUGAAAUUCCAGCUGAAGCUUUUUUGUCUUUUGUCAUAUUAAAUAAAGUACUAAUAACAACAAAACACACACUGAGGAACCUGGCAGCAUUCAGUGACUUGAGACUUCCCACUCCUUCAGUGUAGCUUACAGAGUGGCUCCGUGUUCAGGCAAAUGGAAAAGUUUCCACCAAGAUAUUUAUUUAGCAAGGUAAGGUGGUGCAUACCUGUAAUUUCAGUGUUUUGGGAGACUGAGGCAGGAGGAUUCCAAGCCUGGGUAAUUU